UUCACCUGCAAAUAUCGAAUAAAUUCAUUCUUUCUGGCACUCAGCCACUUUGUCAAUUCCAAAUGGAGGGAGUGCUACCCUGGUGACAUUAAAAACUGCCUUUAAAGCCUGUUGACUCCUUAAGAUGAAAACCAACAAGCAGCUUUCUUCAGUUCACACUUUUCAAGGCACGUUUCUAUCUGUACCGACGGGGUGCUUGAAGAACCUUCUAAGAGGAGGGGGGCCAGCCAAGACCAAGAGCCUACAGCCUCCACAGGCACACUCAGAACGGCACUUCUAAAUGGCAGGGGGACAGGGCUCGUCAGAAAGGGUGGGGAACAACGAAGGAGGUCAACAUUUCUGAGGUCCACGAAGAGUAGUAGGGGCCCCUUCUGGUUUCUGUGGAAGGGCCAUGCAGGGGCCGGCAGGUAGGAUGACCGUUCCUGGUAGUAAGGGGUGAACUGAGACAGCUAGGGGAACAAUGUGGACUGGCUUCCCAGUAAUGUUUUCUUAGUUUGCUGUUCCUACGCUUCUUACGUUUGUCCCUUCCAGUUCUCACGCGGUAAGCCGGGCAUGGGUAAUUACCUCCAUCUUACAGAUUCGGUUCAGAGGAAAUAAACGAAGCAGUCAAGGUCACAUAGCCAGACACACAGCCAGGACUGGGAUCGUGAAAGGCGAGAUCACAGGCUGAGACUUGGACUGUGUGCAGUCUGUGGGUGUGGAUGGCCACACCUUAAGUAGCUCUGGGAUUUUCUAUCAACACCAAGACUCUGGCUGUGUCUGGAUGCACCCGGAAGAGUCCAAGGAGCUGAGGAGCCGUGGGUCGUCCACAAGGAGAUUCUCAAGGAUGUCUCAGGGCCAGCAGAGUCUCCGUACCAUUUGAUCACACUCCAGUUUUCCCCAUACCUCAGUUUCUGUUGCUAUGGAGACUUCAAAUGGGACUGAAUACUGGUACAAGAGCCUCCACGCUGUGCUGAAGGCUCUGAAUACCACCCUUCACAGUCACUUGCUCUGCCGGCCUGGGCCAGCACCAGGAUCAGGACAAGGACCGGGGCUGGACAAUCAAACCGAGGAGCGUCGGGCCAGCCUUCCUGGUCGUAAUGACAACUCCUACAUGUAUAUUCUUUUUGUUAUGUUCCUAUUUGCUGUCACUGUGGGCAGUCUCAUUUUGGGAUAUACCCGCUCACGCAAAGUGGACAAACGUAGUGACCCCUAUCAUGUGUACAUUAAGAACCGUGUGUCUAUGAUCUGAUGUGAGGUGCCCAAGGAUGAUGGAAGAUUAUGAUGCCUGAUGAUUGUCCUCUUGGGCCUCCAGAACUCAUCUGGACCCUAUCAAGCCUCAGUGUCUCUAUCUACAUAAGAACAACAAGGAAGAGAAGUCAUCACUGGGACCAGAGAAGAGGGCCUUGUCAGGCUUGGCCUUGUGGAUAAGACAUUUUUCUCGACAAAAGAUGGGCAUUAUAAACUGGGAGCCCAUGAACAAAUAUAUGGAAAUAUGGACAGCUGGGGAGUAGAAGAAGCUGUGGUGAAGGAAAAUGGAUCCGGAAGAUGCUCUGGACACACAAUAUUUUAACAUAUGAUCUUCAACAAACCUUGCAAAAGAGCGAUGCUACUUAUUUGUAUUAAGUCAUGUUUUGUUUAAAUGCACUUACCAUUUGUGGGGUUUGCCUCACCUACCAAGAAAGCAGAACAAAAGCCAUGACUAGAAUCCAGGAACUCAAUGGUCCUUUUGUCUAGGACCAUUCAACACCACACAGGGUAAGAUGCAGACUGGAAGAACUUGUGGCCAAGCAUAAUAAUGCAUGCCUGUAAUCCUAGCACUCAAGAAACUGAGUGGGGAGGAUCAUUUGAGCUUAGGAGUUCAAGAUAGGCUUGAGCAAGCCCUAUCUUGGUAGGGAGUUGGUGGGGGCUGCAGAGAAAUAUCUUACUUUACAAACGUUAUCAAAGACAUGCCACUGUGUUAAUGUAUUGUUCAGGCACUUCUGGGAUCUUAAGACAGACUGUAAAGUACAGGGUCCUGAGCUACACUCAUCAGGGACAUGGUCAUGAGCUUCAUGAGCCAUGUCAUUGUGCCCUUCCCAGUCACAGCUCCAAUUCCAGGGACUUCACACCCUCGGAUGUAGCUUCUUCUACUCUAAAUUCUAUGAGAGAUCCUCUAACACCAGCUUGAAAUUUGCUUCUAGGAUAUUAUUAUUAUACCUAGGAGAUGACCAUGAUCACAGAUACAGUGCGUAAAAGACUUGGUUCAAUGGGAGAACUAGCCGGCAUCUCACUUUUUAAAGUGGUGUAUAGUUUUAGCUGGUUGUGCUGGUUAGUGGUUUUUUGCUUGUUUGUUUUUGUCAGCUUGACGCAAUGUAGAGUCAUCUGAGAAAAGGGAACCUCAGCUAAGAAAAUGCCCCCCUCAGACUGGCCUGUAGGUUAUUUUCUUGAGUGAUGGUUGGUGUUGAAGGGCCCAGCCCACUGUGAAUAGGUCAAUCCUUGGGUAGUGGUCCUGGGGUAUAUAGGAAAGCAAGAUGAAUAAUCCAGGAGGAGGAAGCCAGUUUGUGGCUUUCCCCAUAGAUUCUGUUUCAGUUUCUGCCUCCAGAUUCCUGCCCUGAUUUUCCUCGGUGAUGGAUUGUGGUCUGAGAGAUAUAAGAUGAAAUAAACCCUUUCAUAAUAA